UGCUCUCGCGUUAGAAUUUGCUAGCAGCACGAGAAGACCUGAUCUCCAUUCAGAAAAGCAUUCAAUCAUUCUUCUCCAAACGCUGCGAUUCCAUCGAUAGUUCAAGGUGUCUUUGAAAUGGGCUUUUGAGAUACACAGCAGAAAACAUUGAGCAAUAUUUAUGGGAAAAUUGUGUGGAAAGCUUUUGGGGGAGAAGCACAUGAUGGAUGUGAUGUGGGUCUGAAUGAUCCUGCUACAAUAAUGGAUUCUAAUAUUAUCAUGGAGAGUGCAAUUGUAGAGCCUCGUGAUGAUAUGGAAUUUGAGUCACAUGAGGCUGCAUAUGCAUUUUAUAAAGAAUAUGCUAAAUCUGUGGGGUUUGGUACUGCUAAGUUGAGCAGUCGUCGUUCUAGAGCAUCAAGGGAAUUUAUUGAUGCGAAAUUUUCAUGCAUAAGAUAUGGAAACAAGCAGCAGUCUGAUGAUGCCAUUAAUCCCCGACCUUCUCCAAAGAUAGGUUGUAAAGCAAGCAUGCAUGUGAAGAGAAAGCCAAAUGGAAAAUGGUAUGUCUAUACUUUUGUAAAGGAGCAUAAUCAUGAGCUUUUACCUGCCCAAGCACAUUUCUUUCGAAGCCACAGGAGUACUGAUCCACUUAAGAAUGACGCUCGGAUACGAAGAAGGAAGAUCUUAGCUGCAGGGUCUAAACAAUUCAGUGCUUAUCAAAACAUUGAUUGUAUAGAGAAUUAUAUGAGAAAUCAGCAUGAUAAAGGGCGGAGUUUGACUUUAGAAGUUGGGGAUGCUCAAGUGCUGCUUGAGCUUUUUAUGCAUAUGCAGGAAGAGAAUCCAAAGUUCUUUUAUGCAGUGGACUUAAAUGAAGAGCAUCGAUUGAGAAAUGUUUUCUGGGUUGAUGCUAAAGGCAUGGAUGACUAUACUAAUUUUGGUGAUGUAGUUUCUUUUGACACUACAUAUUUCUCAGACAAGUAUAAAAUACCAUUAGUUCUUUUUAUCGGAGUGAACCAUCACAUUCAACCCACAUUGCUGGGUUGUGCAUUGAUUGCAGAUGAGACGGUAUAUACUUUUCUUUGGCUAAUGCAAACAUGGCUUAUAUCAAUGGGGGGACGAGCUCCACGAGUGAUACUGACCGAACAAAACAAUGCCAUGAAAGCAGCUAUUGCAGCGGUCUUUUCAGACACACGUCAUUGUUUUUGUUUGUGGCAUAUAUUAGAAAAAAUCCCUCGAAGGCUUGAUUAUUUGACUGUGUGGUAUGAUAGCUUUAUGGUAAAAUUUAAAAAAUGUAUUUAUCAGUCAUAUACGGAAGAACAAUUUGAAAAUAGAUGGUGGAAAUUAAUUGACAGAUUUAACCUUAGAGAGGAUGAAUGGGUUCAGUCACUGUAUGAAGAUCGCAGGCAAUGGGCACCUACAUUUAUGAGAGAUAUAUCUUUUGCUGGGUUGUCUCCACCUUUACGAUCUGAAAGUUUGAACUCCUGGUUUGACAAAUAUGUCCAUGGGGAAACUUCAUUGCGAGAAUUUAUUGAACAAUACAAACUUGUGCUGGAAGAUAGGUAUGAAGAGGAAGCCAAAUCAGAUUUUGAUGCAUGGCAUGAAACACCUGAGUUGAAGUCUCCAUCUCCUUUUGAAAAACAAAUGUCACUAGUAUACACACAAGAAAUAUUCAAGAAAUUCCAAGUUGAGGUUUUGGGAGCAGCUGCUUGUCAUCUCAAGAAAGAAAAUGAAGAUGAGACAACUGUUGCAUACACUGUCAGAGACAUUGAAGAUGAUCAGAAUUUCAAAGUGGACUGGAAUGAAUCAAAAUCAGAUAUUUAUUGUUCAUGCCGUUCAUUUGAAUACAAAGGUUAUCUCUGUAGGCAUGCUAUUGUUGUUCUCCAAAUGUCUGGUGUUUUUCGCAUCCCAUCUAAGUAUAUUUUGCAACGGUGGACAAAUGCUGCUACAAGUAGGCAUACCAUCAGUGAAAAAUUGGAUGAGGUGCAAUCUAAGGUCCGCCGUUAUGAUGAUUUAUGUCGACGAGCCAUAAUAUUGGGUGAAGAAGGAUCUCUUUCUCAAGAGAGUUACAAUAUUGCUCUAUGUGCCAUAAAAGAAGCUCUAAAGCAAUGUGCAAGUUUGAAUAACUCUGCAGAGACUGAUGCAAGACCCAACAACUUGGUUGUUCAUGCUAUUUGUGGAAGUGAGGAAGAGAAUCAAGACAGCAACACCAUAUCUAAAGACAAGGUACCCAAUCCGAAACUGACCAGCACAAACAAGAUUCCUAAGAGAGCCGAGGCUAGGAAGGAGAAGGCUAGUAAUGAAAAUAAUGCAAGCAAAAAAGGAAAGGUACCUUUGGAGGCGGAAGUGAUGAGCGUUGGAACACAAGACAACUUUCAUCAAAUGCAGGAAUUAUCCAACAUGAGGCCAGCACAGUUUCAUAAUGUAAUGCCAGCACAGUUCCAAAAUAUGGUGCCAGCAGUGUUUCAGAAUGUCAUGACAACACCAUUUCAUAAUGUGGCUUCAACAAAUUUGCACGAGAAGCGUAUCCCUCGUUAGGUCAAUCUCUUGGUUUGUUUUUUGUAAAGGUUUUCAUAUAAGCUACUUAGGAUUGUACAAAUAGGAGUUUAACAUUUUGCAUGUUCCUAAGAGAGGUCAAACAUAAAAUUGGAAGAGAGUAAAGCUUUGAUAUUAGUUUAUGCUUUAUUUUACUUUGAUAUUGAUAUAGUUGACAUAAGUUUGGGAUUCAUUUGUUGACCAGGAAUGUAAAGGUAAGUUGUUCUAAAUUGGGUAUGUUACUAUUCUAUUUGAGUUU